GAUUGAUCGAAUCGUCCGACUGGCGGCACUUAUAAUUCGUCUUGUCGAUCGUUUCGGACAAAUUCGGACGCAGUUGGAUGAAUUCUUGGAAUCACUUGAUGGUUUGGCAUGUGCGAGAGGUAUUCGCGUUCGAAUGGACUCAAUUUUGAGUUCUCUGUAUGAUUGGAAUGAAUAUCUCAAUCACGGAUAGUUUUGGAUAAUGACCAGGCGAUCGCUAAUCUCAAUUUCUUGUUAUUGUACUCUCACUUCGAAUCUCCUAUCUAGACUACAAGCAGCCCGGGUCGUAGUGGGUGUGCGUGCGAUAGUGCGGUUUUGAGUUUUAUGUUUUGCGCUUGCCACAUUGCUCGGCGUUGAGAAAGCAUUUCCUAUCCCUUACUGAAAUUUUCCUGAAAACCAUUGAGCUGUUCAAAAAAAAUAUUCUUUUCUGGCUGUCCAGGCACGCUUCUAUGAAAAUCUAAAUACGCUGCUGGCUGCCUUCUACAGAUCACAUAGUGCUCUCACAAACCUCUCAGUUGAGCUACCAGACAUGGGUGAUAUCUUCAUGGUCGUGUCAUAGUUCUAUCUUUCCCAUGUGAAUGAUGUGAAAUAUAAAGACAUUGAUUCUGGGUUAUUGUUCUUAACAUUGUACGUUCAUUCAACUCAGCUCUGCAGGUGUGUUUGCAAGGUCCAAUGUAGGGGGUUGCAAUCAUGUAGCCAGAGAGAAUGUGGACUGUUUUCAGCGAAACUGCAGAGUCCAUUGUAUGAAACCUGUUGUUUCUCAGAAAGCGUCCAAACUGAGCCAAGAAUUAGAGGGCAACACAUGGAGUCGUAUGCAAAACAAGCGAGCCGUGCACGUGAGAGCACUGCAAAGAGUGCAUGUGCGAGCUACAACCGCUGUAGAUACUCCGACAAAAGUAUUUCCAGCAUUCUUACCACCAGAAGUGCAGUUCUUGGAAGAACCUGCCGCCCGAGAAAUGGCUUACAGAAUGCAGCAAGUGCCCGUUCAGACAAGUCUCUCCCAACAACCGAUUUUGACCAGCACUGUCGUCUCCAAGGCAGGAGAUGGAAAGCCUCCAGUCCUGCUUCUUCACGGCUUCGACAGUUCUCUAUUGGAAUGGCGGCGCCUAUUUCCUCUGUUGGAAGCUGGCGGUGCCCAGUCAUAUGCCGUCGACAUCCUUGGUUGGGGAUUUAACAACACAGAGGGAGUAACAUCUUUUGGAGUUGAAGCCAAACGAGAGCAUCUCUACGAGUUUUGGAAAACCUACAUCAAGAAACCAAUGGUUCUGGUUGGAGCCAGUCUUGGAGGUUCGAUAGCAAUUGACUUCGCUGUGACUCAUCCUGAUGCAGUUGCGAAACUCGUUUUGAUUGAUGCCCAAGGAUUUGCUGAAGGUGUUGGCAAUAUGGCUACAAUACCAAAAUUUAUGGCUUAUGCCGGGAUCGCACUUCUGAAGAGUGUCCCUCUUCGAUCCUACGCAUUCUAUCUAGCUUUCGCCAAAACCACAAUGAGCGCUAUAGCAGAUGGCAUGCGGGUGGGGAGACUGCAUUGUUUGGUGCCUGGUUGGGCUGAUUCGUCUGUCAACUUCAUGCUUAGCGGAGGCUACAAUGUGGCCUCGAAAAUACCCGAGGUGCAACAAGAAACUCUCGUAAUAUGGGGAGAGCAAGAUAAGAUUUUGCCGAGGGAGUAUGCUGAGAGGUUUCGGAAGGAGCUUCCACGACCACAACUAGAAUUAGUGAAAGAUGCCGGGCACAUUCCGCACGUUGAACAACCAUCUGUUGUUGCAGACUUGAUUUUAAAAUUCAUCUCAACCACCUAGGUUACCGAGGCAGCUUCUAGUACCGUGGAAGAAGAUGCCACAACCAAUUUUCUACGAAGGAAAACACCUGUCUGCUGUAUAGUUUGGCAGUAAUCACUUUGAGUAGUUAGACCAAUUGAAUGCUUUUACUUGUUAAUCGCACUUUCUGUGCCAAAGGUAAUGAC